UCUAUCUUUAUGUAGAAGUUAAAUAUCCGAAGAGAAUAAUGGCGCCCCCCAUAGCAUUUAGAGGUUCUGAUGGUGUUUGGAUGGUGAAUGGUCCUCCAGAUCUGGGAACUAGACCUAAUUUUCCAGAGGAUAAAAGUAAAUGGUGCAAGGUGAUAGCAUUCAGUUCAGAUGGUUCUCUGAUCAGCUGGUGCAAUGGAGAAAAAACAUUAAUUGUAAGGACAUCUGAUUACAAACAAGUUGCUCAAAUUGACAAAGGCAAGGUCAACUGUCUGAAGUUCUCCCCUAAAGGAACAAUACUAGCACUCUGGGAAAACUACACAGUGGACAGAGAAACAAAUCAAGGAAACCCAAAUCUCCAUCUAUUUUCUGUACAGAGCGGAGAAAUCAUCAAAAGUCUCAUCCAGAAAAAACAGAGUAAUUGGGACCCCAAGUGGACAGAUGAUGAGGGGAUCUGCUGUAGAAAUGUCAAUAACGAACUACAUUUCUUUGAGGGAAAUGAAUUUGACACAAUUAAAACAAAGUUGCACAUGCAGAAAAUUUCCACCUUUGCCCUCGCAAGUAGUGGACCCCCUUAUCAUAUCGCUGGUUAUGUACCAGGGUCAAAGGGCCAGCCAUCUUUUGUAAGAAUUUACAAAUACCCAAACUUUGGAGGUCCCCAGGCAGCCCUGGCUAACAAGAGCUUCUUCAAGGCUGAUGAUGUCCAGAUGAAGUGGAACAAAACAGGAACCGCCUUGCUUGUCCUGACCUCCACCGAGUCCUCUGAUAAGAGUUACUAUGGCGACCAAGGCCUUCACUUUAUGGCGAUCAAUGGAGAAUGCAGCCUGGUGAAUCUCUCAAAGAAUGGUCCUAUAUACCACAUAGAAUGGAGUCCCCGUGCCACAGAAUUCGUUGUAGUUUAUGGAUUUAUGCCUGCCAAAGUGAGUUUAUUCAACAUGAAAGCAGAACCCAUCUUUGACUUUGGAACUGGCCCCAGGAAUCUUGCUUACUUCAAUCCACAUGGAAAUAUUUUGUGUUUGGCUGGUUUUGGGAAUCUGCGUGGAAACUUGGAAUUCUGGGAUAUGAGGACCAAGAAGUUAACAGCACAAACUCAGUCACCAGACACAACCAGUUUUGAGUGGUGUCCAGACGGGCAGCACAUCCUCACCGCAACCACUGCUCCUAGGCUACGUGUAGCUAACGGGUAUCGAAUCUGGCAUUGCUCUGGGAAUAUGUUGCAACAAGUAAUGGUGGACAAAGAAAAGGAAUUAUGGGAAGCGGUGUGGCAGCCUGCAGCAGAAGGGGUGUACCCUACCCCCGUCAUUACGGCCAGCAGCGUAACAGCAGUAGCAGCGGCAGCCCAGCCACAGCCAGAACAAAAAGCUCAAGCAUAUCGUCCUCCACAAGCAAGAGGAACAUCAGCAUCUAUAAAACUUCACGAGUAUGAAGGCCCCUCCGAUCCAAACAAGAAAGUCUCACAAGAUCCUAAUAAACCACUUACAAAAAAUCAAAAAAAGAGGGAAGCAAAGAAAGCUAAAGGGCCGCAGGAAGGACAGGCGAAAGCUGAACCAGCACCAUCAUCAGGUUACAACGCAUCAGAACCAGCGGCGUUUACAUCAUCAGGAGACCCAGAGAAGGACAAGAAAAUCAAAAAUCUCAGAAAGAAAAUUCAACAGAUAGAAAAAUUAAAAGAACAGCAGAAAUCAGGAAAACAGCUUGAAUUGAAUCAGAUUGAGAAAUUAAAAACUGAAGGUUCAUUACUGCAAGAGUUAGCUGCCCUUGAGAUCAGCUGAUACAAUUUGUGUACUAGUUGUUUGAAGACAGAGCAAGAUUGGUGUGUACUCAAAGAUUUUUUGAACAGGAUGAUAACGUUGUGAUCACUGAUCAGUGAGAUUGAAAUACACCAGGUCUCUGUGAUAUUUCAUUUUUUCUUUAAUUUUCUCAAUUCGAUUUUUCUUACACACAGUUUGUGUAAUGAAUUUGUUUUAAUAUUUAAUUAGGAUAUUUUUGUUUUGUAUUAUUUUGUGAUCCAGUGCUUUGUUUGAAGAAAGUUGUGUUAUAAACAUACAAUAAGGAAACAUUGUUAUGAAAUAAAGGGACGUUAUUUGUACA